AUGCGUAAGCAGGCGGCGUUUGAGAGGACAUCUGUCAACGACGGAGUAGAUGCCACCAAUCUCGAGUCCCACGAUACGUCUGACGAUGUUGUCGCCGUGCUCGUAUACGUAGCGACCAAAGCGAAGGGUGAAAGAAUACAGAACGAGGGCAUCGUGCUGUUCGCAGACGAUGAUUUAGACGCAGUCGUGGCAGGAGAGUAUGCGGAAGUGACUGGCAUCUGGCUCUAUCCGGUCCAAAAGGAGGUCUCUAUGCGGAUAAUGCUCGUGUAA